GUAACUGAUAAGUAGGGAUGCUGAAGAUAAAAUGUAUAUGAUAGACUCGCCCAAUGUUGCACAGGACACUUCAAUAGCAAACAUCAGUAAUAACAACUUCGUGUCAACCACACUUAUACCAAGUUCCUAGAUACCCAUACAACUAAAACUACUACUACAAUUUAAACCCAAAUAUUUACCCAUUAUUCACCAACCCGGACCAUGGCUUCUAAGACAGUUGCUUUCUUCGGCGCAAGCACGGGUAUAGGUCUUUCAGCGCUGAAGCAUUCUCUCGCUGCCGGAUAUCAAUGCGUCGCGCUCUGCCGGGACCCGUCCAAGCUCACCUCGGUAUUAACAAGUGAGAAUGCGCCUAACCUUAAAGUAAUACAAGGAAACGCGCAUGAUUCUGCGGCUGUCACUCGCUGUCUCGAGGCUCCGGACGGUAAACUUGUUGACGAGGUAGUUUUCACUAUCGGAGGAAAGCCUAUCCCGUCAAAAAUGACUAUUGACGAUCCACACGUCUGCGAGAAAGGCAUCACAACUGUUAUUGGCUCUAUAGCCACACUCAGAGAGCAAGGCGUCGUUGGCAGACCACACAUCAUCGUGUGUAGUAGUGCCGGUAUGUCCAAAUUCGGGCGGGACAUACCUGUCGCCUACGUGCCAUUAUGCUCCCUCCUUCUCAAGGUUCCUGGCGCGGACAAGAAAAUCAUGGAGAACAAGCUCGCUACGAGCGGUGAAGACUUCACCGUCGUGCGGGCCGCUAUGCUCCUUGUCGAUGGCGAGACAGAUAAGCCAAUCCGUGUUGGCAUCGAAGAUCCGAAUACCGGGAUCGAAUCCAAAGCUAUUGGAUAUAGCAUCUCGAGGGAGGAUGCCGGCAAGUGGAUAGCGCAGAAUCUCGUAAUAGAGAGGAACCAGAAAUAUAUUAACAAGACUGCGACAAUCGUCUAUUAGAGGAUAUGCUUGGAGCCGGGAGGCAAUUUGUAUGUAGUUUAAACGUUAGCAAAGGACGGAAGCUUAGAAUACCUAGUUGCGUUGUAUUUAGAAAAACGGAUAAUUAUAAUCGACUCUUGGAAAUUCAUAGUAUUGGUUUAAAAUUCCCCUUAGAGAUACAUAGAGUCAAGGUGUUAAUAUUCGAUCAAAACUCCC